AUGUCGAAGACGCAAGAGUCCGGUCCUGAGGUGCCCUUGAGCACGAUGCCGUACCCGCCGUUGCACGCAGACAAGAGAUUCGUGGUCCUCUCCGACUGGUUGGUACCUUUCAUGGUUCGUCCGGAUGGCCUCUAUACUUUUCUCCUACUCUUCCACCUGUUAGAGGCUUGUGCUGACCCUGUUGCUUGGGAAUUGCUACCACUGCCUUGCACGAACGCGCCUAUUGUCCCCGCCUCCGAUCCGCCAUCGCAUCCCUCAAUCUGUGCUGAUGUGCAACAUGCCUCCAUAAUCUAUUGA